AUGAACCUUUCCACAACCUUAACAAGAAGCCUACCGGUGGAAUCGGCGACUCUAGUUUGGUUCGAGACGACGAGCAGCGCCCUCCGCGGUGAAAUCAGCAAACUGGAGAUAAGCCUUACUGUCGACAACUGUCAUCGAAAUCUUCUCGAAACGCCUUACCAAGCUAGCGAGGAGAGCGGUACGAGACACCAGAUGCCUGACUUGAAUCCAAAGUUGGGCGACUUCCAAAAGGUAUACAGCGCCAGAUCGUCCAGCGUGACAGAACCACCGGGUCAGUCUCAUUCGCACUUGCUGUUACAUACAGCCGAAUCAGAGUCUGCAAUUAGUGACCAUAAAGGCUCAGCACCAGUGUCAUGCAAAAGCGGAGUGGCGAAGCUUGGAGACUUUCGACGCCUCCAAAUUCCCUGUCAAAAUGCGAUUUAUACGCCUAAGAAUGGAAUAUCUCAACUUGGGUCACAGCAUAGGACAACUCAACUUAGCCCUGGACCGUACGGCGGGGGAGUUGGCGAUCAUUCCCUGAGGUGCCAAAUCAAAGAUGAUGAUAUAACGUUUGCGUUGCCCCAACGUACUCAGAGCUCUUUUCCUGUCUCUCACGAUGAGCAAGGGCCAUUGUCGGCCGCCCACGAAGGAGACCAACAUGUAUCUGAAGCCGCCGCCACAAUACAUAAGGACCGGUCACAUAAUGGCCUCCAGCUACAACAGGGCCUCAAUGAUACCUCUGAGGCUAAUUUUGAGCCACACCCACAAAAAUCUUUGGAGCAAAAUCGGGAGCUGAUUCACAGUAACCCCCUCGGCGAAGAAGCUGAGAGUUUCCGGUCGCCAGUCCUCUCAGAGUCCGUGAAAAAUACACCAACGCCGAACGUCGCCAAGAUUCUGUCGUACAAACUGGGUAAGAAAGAUCUCACUCCUGUACUGGGUGCGAAGCUUAGUCUUGACCAGCAACAUCGCUCAUUGCUGUUGAGGCUAGUGCCGCUCAGAGCUGGAGACGCCAGAUUGGCAAUGCAGGAUGACAAAGUAGCGAGAAAUGGAGUACAUGUCUUUCUAGACAUGUCAAACAUCAACAUCAGCUUUCACAAUGCCCUAAGGGCGAAGUUCUCCAUCCACGAACACGCCCGUUUCGUGCCACUUCCACAGCUAAAUUUACAGUUUCUCACGGAGAUCCUUGUUCGCGGUCGAAAGGUUGUGGCUUUGAAUGCCGGGUGCUCUGUUCCACCUUAUCGCCAGGAGCCUCGAUACGUUCACGACCUUCAAGAGUUGGGUUACCGCGUUGAUCUUAGAGAGAGAACGCGGGCGGCUGAACAUGCGCGAUCUGGAUUUAGAGGGGACAAAGCUGUAGAACCUUCCUCGUCGGAUGAAAUCGCAUCCUCUUCUCGUGCUGUCCGUUAUAUUGAAGAGCUGGUCGACGAAACAUUGCAAACUCGCAUUGCAGAGUCAGUGAUGGAAUUUUUUGAGGAUCAAGGAACCCUUGUGAUAGCUACAGGCGAUGCACAGCCCGCGAAGUACUCGGACGGAUUUUUUGUUUACGCUGAACGAGCCCUGAGGAUGGGAUGGAAUGUGGAAGUAGUAUCAUGGAAGAUUAGUCUGUCCUCUCACUGGAACAAACCAGGCUGGGCUGAGCAUUGGGGUGGCCGGUUUCGAGUUGUCGAACUAGAUGAUUACAUCGAUCUUCUCCUAGUAUGA